GGCUGACGUAAUUGGUAUAACUGCUGUAAACCAUUAUAAUCAAAUAAAGGAGAAUGCAAAACUAUCAAUUGCCCGGCUAGCUCAAUCGGUAGAGCGUGAGACUCUUAAUCUCAAGGUUGUGGAUUUACAAAUGUCAACACCAAAUGAAACGGAUUUGCAAUUCAUGAGAAUUGCAAUCGAACAAGCAAACCUUUCCGAACCAAUUUCAAAAGCAUAUUGUGUCGGAGCAGUCAUAGUUAAAGAUUCCAAAAUUUUGGCAACGGGUUACUCGAGAGAGUUACCGGGAAACACCCAUGCCGAAGAAUGUGCAUUACAAAAAAUAGAAGAUCCCACUCAAUUGGCUGGCUCGAUAAUUUACACAACGAUGGAGCCAUGUAGCAAAAGGUUAUCAGGUAAAAAGCCUUGUGUCGAAAGAAUUUUGGAGAGUGGAUUGAAAAGAGUUGUGCUGGGCGUCAAAGAACCUGAUGUGUUCGUUAAGUGCGAAGGAAUAGACAUAUUGCGAAAACGCGAAAUCGAAGUUGUAGUGUUGGAAGGAUUGGAAGAAGAGUGCUUAAAAUGUAACAAGCAUCUCUGGAAUGAUACAAAUUAG